AUGAACAUCAACACUCUCCUGUCAAACGAACCGGUCGUUCGAACAUCCCGAACCUACAACAGCUUUGCACCGGAAGCCACUACUCCUUACCACAACAGUGCAGCCGUCAUGACGCCUCCGAAGUCGUUGUCACCAGCCUCUAGUUGCAAGAGUGUCCACUUUAGAAUUUGCGGCGGGGUAUCGGAGCCCAAAACACUACACAUCUUCCCGCAUGACACAACGGAAUCGAUCACAACGACGGUCAAGAACAUGUUUGCACUCUCCUCCCACAAAGACUCUGCCCUCAGUUUUCAAGACCCCGAAGGAAGGUAUAUGAUUCUACAGCACGAGAAUUUUGAGGAUGGCAUGACUGUCUUUGUCCGUGUCGAAGAAGCCCCCCACCGUUAUUCAUAUGAAAUCCAUCCGUCGCUAUUAAACAAUUUAGAGCCUUCUGCAAGGAGUGUCUCCCCCAGCGCUGCCCGAGGAAGACGUAGCGCCAGCACUGGCGGUCGCUCAAAGGCCCUCAAACGUCCGGCUUCUAGUCACAAUUGGGAGUAUAAACAGGAGCGCUUUGACUCUUAUGCGCCAGCUCAUUUACCAGGUGUAUCCAUAGCGCCGUUGGGAUUCAUGACCUACGAGGAGGAACAGAGGAACAGACUUGAACCUCUUGCAAGUGCAGAAAUCAGUCUUGAUAAUAUCCUUGAAGGCUCAAGAAGGAAAAGGCCAAAGUUCUCGUCAGACGAGCUUCCGCUAUACCCCCCUACAGCUUUGCCCAGGAAUGAUGGUUCAAGUGCUUCGUCUGCUAGUCCCACACGUCCAGCUGGAGAAAUCACAACUCCAUACACGCAUCGAAAUUAUGGUUAUCCCCAUCCCACUCCCCCAUCUACCUACGGUAGCUACCCUAGCAACAGUGCUCAAGUGCAGAACCCCUGGCCACAGUCGCGAACGGGCGGAAACGGCACUUUCCCCACACCUGCGCCUACAAUUGCAUCGUGUAUCUCAGAUGAAGAAGUUGCUGUACAACUUAUGCGACUUGGUGGUAAUAGGAUCGAGAAUUGCUCCGUAACAACUUCAACACGAGAGGAUAACUACGAAGAAGAGGAGGAAGAGGGAUUCUCCUCGGGCGGAGGCGAGUACGGUGACGAUGGACGAAGCGACACCACUGAGCUACCCGACCCACUAAACAGUGGGCUGCCGAACAGCCCGAUCUCAUAUUCAAGGGAUAAGAUGAAGUUCAAAAGUUUAGACGAGAUCCUACCGAGCUUCGACACCACCGAACCGAGCGAUAACGAAGACUUGCCAUCUCCACCAAUACCAUCUCCACACACACACACACAGCAGCUAUACUCAUACAGGGAUGACCCACCAAGGGUUGAAUCACAUCGACCCUAUGCAAUUGAGGAGGAGGAAGAAGAUGAUGAUGCUGAUUAUGAUGAAGAUUUGGAUGAUGUUCCAUUGAUGAAGACAGUUCGUGGAAGAAAGCUAUCAGCCGCACCCUCAGCCCCUUCGGCGCCGCCAAGCAAUGCGGGAAUCAGUCAAAAGACCAAGCCUGCUCUACCCAAGGGCUUCGUUAGAGCGACUAAGCGCAAGAAUCAACCCACAUUGCAGACGAAUGGGCUCAAGAAGCCUAGACCCUUGCCAGAGGCACAGUGGCCUAUCUCUCCUGCGUCUCCACCAUCUAGCCUUACACUCACCCUCACUACGCCCACCUCGCUAUACGGUCAGCAGACAGCGACCCCAGUGGAUGAUCGGUCAAACCAGCACCACCUCGGACCCGACGAGCCGUCAAUGAAGCCUCGAUGCCAACGCUGUCGGAAAUCGAAGAAGGGCUGUGACAGAGCACGACCGUGCCAAAGAUGCAAAGAUGCAGGAAUUGGAGCUGAUGGGUGCAUCUCUGAGGAUGAAGCAGGGACGAGGCGGGGGCGACAGGCAGCCGCCGCUGCGAGGAAAGCCGCUGCUGGAGGUGGAGUAGGGGUUUUGGGAAAACUGAAGAGCAAGACCAAGAAGAAGAAGAUCUUGGUGGAGUGA